AUGGCACCCGCAGCCCCCUUCAACCCACCAUCCGCCAACCUUCCUGGCAAACCUUUCGUUCCAGAAUGGGUUCCGCCUCCUGUCACCAAGGAAAAGCACAACUUCGCCGAGCUCAAGUCGAUUGACCUUUCACUGCUGGACUCAGAUGACUCAGCUGUGGUCGAUGACCUUGUCCAGCAGGUCAAAGUGGCCAUCCGUGAUGACGGCUUUUUGUUUCUCGAGAACUAUGGAGUCUCUCUAGAACAGCUCCAUCGCCAAUUCGCCCUGGCACAAUACCUAUACAAUAACAUCAGCGAGGAGGACAAAGAACGGCUCCUUUUCCACCCCGACAGCGGGAAAUGGUCCGGUUACAAGCACCCCUACGGAUUCAAGCGUCACCGCGGAGCACCCGACGGCAUCGAACAAUUCAACUGGUACAAGCCCGAUUGGGAAGAUAUCAACCGCGUGCCAACCUGCCUGCACCCGUUCAUGGACGAGAUAGAGGCGUUCAGCAAUUAUCUCACCAAGUCCGUCAAUCGACGACUCCUCACCGUCCUGUCGCGCGUCCUAGAGUUGCCGGACGACUAUCUCUGGAACAAUGUACAAUCCCACGGCAGCCCAACCGGCGAAGGCUACUUCCGUCAUGCGCUCUUUCGACCCGUCCAGAAACAAACCCAAGAAGCAUCCAAGGGCCUUCGCAUGCACGGCCACACAGACUUUGGUUUGACAACAUUGUUGUUCUCGGUCCCUAUCUCAUGUCUCCAGAUCUGGGGCCGCGACGAACAAUGGUAUUAUGUGCCCUACAAGCCCGGCGCGCUUGUUAUUAACAUCGGAGAUACAAUGGAGAUUGUCUCGGGCGGACAUUUCAAGGCGACUCGCCACCGUGUCUUCAGGCCACCCGCAGACCAGUUGCACGAAGAGCGUCUUUCGCUGGUGCUGUUUAAUAGUUCCAUUGGUGAUUUGCGUAUGGCUCCGGCAGAGGAAUCAAAACUGAUCCAACGAGAGGGCUGCGUCGAGGAGCAAGGAGUUUAUAAGGAGUUCAAGAAGCUCACGUCGCAGGGCAGGCUUGUGCCCACCAAUCGCCAGUGGCGCGAGAUCCAAAUUGCGACAUGUACAGACCCGACGGAUACGGUAAAUAAUAGAGUGGGGGCUCAUCAAGUGCUGAUUGAUGGCAAGGUCAUGCAUCAGCGGGAGUAUAUGGGGGUUAAAGUUGUCCUGCCUGUAUGA